GGCUGAAUCUGAGCCGAGCUCACGAGCCCGUCAAUUUACUCUAUGCUUGACGGAUAAGACUAUAAAUAAAUCAAGUUGACCCCUAGAUAAGCAGUUGCUCAAGAUUCGUGCAGGAGCGAUUGUCCGUCGAUUGAAGAGUUAGUUUAGGGUUUCUAAAGCGUCCCCUUCUUCCCAUUCAAUCCGCAGUCCGAUCACCUGCCUAAUCUUUUGAAGCACCGGGCCAGUCGGGGCGGCAUCCCCUUGAUACCGCUAUUUCCGCCAAUAUCAUGACCGGGAAGGCCAAGCCCAAGAAGCAUACUGCCAAGGAGAUCGCCUCCAAGGUCGACGCCGCUACCACCAAUCGGGGCGGAGGCAAAGCCGGUCUGGCUGACCGUAGUGGUACGGAUAAGGGUGGCCACGCCAAGUAUGAGUGCCCUCUCUGCAAGACCACAGCCCCUGAUAUCAAGUCUAUGCAGAUUCACCACGACGCUCGUCAUCCUAAGGUCCCCUUUGAGGAGUCCAAGCUCGUGAAUCUCCAUGCCACCCAUGGGCCCGAUUCGUCCAAAUCUCGGCCCGGCGUUCGUGGUAGCUUUAAAAAGUAAAAGCUGCUCAAGUUUAUCCCUUGUCUGCUCGAUAAUUUCCCCCCUGUUGCUUCUCUCCCUUGUUAUUCCACCUUUGCCUUUUAACGACUUCACUACUGCUACGGCUUCCGUGUUAUAAAGCACUUUGCCACUUGGGUUUGCUUUUUCUUUUUCCUCUGCAUUUAGUGUGAUGCUAUGUGAAGCGGUGGAGAAGGGAUAUUAACUUGUUCUUAAUAGGGCCCUUCUUUAAUGUCUGGGAAGUUUACUUUGUUGUUUUUGCACUAUUUAUGAGGAUCAUGACCAUGAUAACUACGAUGAUGUUCGGAUGCUUAGUUACCUUCUUGUGCUAGUAAGUUGUCAUGGUUUGUUGGUUAACUAGAGUGAUUUGUCCGCAACCUGUGAUGAGUUAGAACUUUGAACACUGCGACUCCCUAUAUAUACAUAUAUUCAUCAA